AUGAAGGGCCGGCGACGGUGGCGAGGCGAACAUCGCCGCUUCGCCGCGGUGCUGGUGCUGUACACGCUGCUGCUGCUCCUGCUGGUGCCCUACGCGCUGGACUACGGAGCCAGGCGCGGGCGAGUGGACGAAGAGCCGCUGCUGCGGCGCUGCCCAAGCCUGGAGGAGGCGCUGAGUGAGUGGGGCUGGGAGCAGCGACCGCCGCUGGACGAGGAAGAGGAGGAGGAUGAGGCGGGCACGGCCGGGGCGGCGGGUAACGGCAGCGAGGGGACGGCGGGGAAGCGGCACAUCUACCUGCACGCUACCUGGCGAACGGGCUCCUCUUUCCUCGGGGAGCUCUUCAACCAGCACCCCGACGUCUUCUACCUGUACGAGCCCAUGUGGCACCUUUGGCAGGCGCUCUAUCCGGGGGACGCGCUGAGCCUGCAGGGAGCCCUCCGCGACAUGCUGCGCGCCCUCUUCCGAUGCGACUUUUCCGUCCUGCGCCUCUACACCGCCCCGUCCGGCCCCCGCGACCCGCUGGCCCCCGCCCCGCCCGCCGCCGACAACCUCACCACGGCCAGCAUCUUCGGCUGGCGGACCAACAAGGUGAUCUGCUCGCCGCCGCUCUGCCCCGCCGCCCCGCGGCCCCGCGGGGAGAUCGGCCUCGUCGACGGCGCAACCUGCGAGGAGACGUGUCCGCCGCGGGCGCUGCGGGAGCUGGAGGCCGAGUGCCGCAAGUACCCGGUGGUGGUCAUCAAGGACGUGCGGCUGCUGGAGCUGGGCGCGCUGCUGCCGCUGCUGCGGGAGCCCGGCCUCAACCUGCGGGUGGUGCAGCUCUUCCGCGACCCCCGCGCCGUCCACAACUCCCGCCUGAAGGCGCGGCAGGCGCUGCUGCGGGAGAGCGUCCAGGUGCUGCGCAGCCGCCACCGCACCGAGCCGCGGGGCCCGGCCCGCCACCAGCAGCAGCAUCUCCUGCUGCCGCCCGGGCUGCUGGGCGGCGGGCGGCCGCCGCAGCCGCAGCACCGCGCCGAGUUCUUCCUCGGCGGCGCGCUGGAGGUGAUCUGCCAGUCUUGGCUCCGCGAUCUCCUCCUGGCCCGGCGCGCCCCGGACUGGCUCCGCCGCCGCUACACGCAGCUCCGCUACGAGGACCUGGUGCGAGAGCCCCGCGCCGAGCUGCGCCGCCUGCUGCGCUUCGCCGGGCUGACGGUGCCGCCGGCCCUGGAGGACUUCGUGCUCAACAUGACCCGCGGCGCCGCCUACUCCUCCGACCGGCCCUUCCUCAUCUCCGCCCGCGACGCGCGGGAGGCCGUGCACGCCUGGCGGGAGCGCCUCAGCCGCCAGCAGGUGCGGCAGGUGGAGGCGGCGUGCGGGGAGGCCAUGAGCAUCCUCGCCUACCCCCUCAGCGCCGGCGACGCCCGGUAG